GGAGGUGAUUGGCUUUGGCUGGGUGGGAGUUGACGGAGCAGAGCACAUUGGAUUCGCUACGGCCUUACAUCAGUGUAUACGACAGCGCAAGUUAACAACCGUAAAGCGCAGCGAGCCGCCGCGAGCUGCCAUGCCAGCGGAAGCUUUACAUCCGGACAAUAUUGCUGAUGCCAGUUUGCGGCAAAGCCUGUUGCUGUGCGCCCGUUCUGCCUGCGCUCUCUUCUCGGUUUUCUUUGGACUCGCCUUCGCCAUUGCCAGUGCCUCGCCUGAGAGCCAAAAGGCACGGCACGUAAACUGGUUGGACCGUACCCGUAUUUUUCAGUUUUCAGUGCUGUUUCUGCGCUUGAGCUGCGUGCGUCGCUUCUCGACUCGUCGUCGCAGUAUGGAGGCAGCUUACAACAAUGCGUCAUCAUCUUCGGCCUCGCCGCCCGCGUUCUCCUCCUCUUUCGCCUUCACGAACACCGCCAAGUUGCCAAUAGAGACGGUGAAGCGUCUCAUUGCGGCAGUCUCUCGCCGCCCAAUGCUUUGGUUGCGAAAUAACGUCAGUGGCCAAAAGCGCAGCGACAUUACGCCAAUUUGGUUUGAGGUUGGCCAGGAUGUGAACUUACCAGCUGACAUUUGCCGGAUCAAGUGGGGCCAUCUCAGGGACAACUUUCGGAAGGUGUACAUUCGAAACAAUCUGUCCAACGAAACACCGUCGACCUGGCGCUUCUACAAUGACAUGCGGUUCAUGGAGCACGCCGUACACGAGAACAUCAUGCGGCAGACACGCAGCAGCAGUAAGAAGCACCCGCCAGGACACUGGACGGAAAACAACAAUAUAAUGGACGAGAAAUAUGACGGACCCGCCGUGGCUACUGAGCCCAUUUGUGAACUGAGCGAUAGCUACGACUCGGAGCUCCACCAGCCCAGCUUCUCCGACAUCAGCUCCUUCUUCGAGGACCGAGACUGCCUGCCAGCUCAGCCUCCGGAAUCAAAGCGAAUCAAACUGGAGCCCAGUCCCGCCGAAGAAGAGGAUGACGACGACUUUGACGAGGAUGCGGCCUCGGAGAACGAGGAGGAACGCACAAAACGCAGCGAGGCGGUUAACACACCGGACCCGAGUCUGUUCACCAUUGAAGUGCUGGACGACGAUGAGGAGGAACUGGAGCGGUCCAGCUCCAAUGUCAAAUGCAAGACUAAUGAUACCUCCAUCAAUAGCCAGAGAAGUGAGCCCGAUGUCAAACCGUCGCUAUCCCAGUCCCAGUCCCCGACAUCCGAUUUACCCUUUAAGUACAUAAGCAUGGAUGCAGCCACCAACACCGAGUCCUCUCUGGCAGAGCUACAGGACGAUGCCGAUCGAAUGUUUCUUCUCAGCCUGAUGCCCUUCCUGCAGAAGCUGGACGAGCGGCGGAAGCUGCGUGUGCGCCAGAAGCUCCAAAAUGUCCUCAUCGAAGAGUUAGAGUUUGGCUAAUCCUAGUCUUCUUCAUUAGCCUGGCUCUGUACAUUUUAAGCUUAGCUUACAGUAUUAUAAGCACGCGACUGACUAACCCUGUGGAUCUGCAUUCAUACUUAGCAUGUAACCAGUACUCCUGCCCUCCAUUUAAGACACCUUCACGCAGAUACACCAUAUGUACACUUAAUGUACUAAAAUUCAUAGACCCGUAUUAUUUGUACUUUUACAGGCGAACAGAAAAUAUACAAACGUUCAGCAAAGCGAUAGA